GAUACAGCAUCCAUGCGAAAAUGAUUUCUAGCUCAUCUACUUAAUCGCGCCAUAAGCGCCUGCUGGCUGCUCACCCCUCCCUGUCUUCGCGCGCGUCUCUCUCGCCGUCGAAGACUGUGGUAACGCCUAACGAUUCUGCAUCAUCGUCCCCGCGGUACUUAUCCGAAAGGUCGAUAGCGGCCCUCCACACGUAAUGGUUUCCGAGAAGUCUUCUUCCGGGGGUGUGGGAGUAGCAGACUUUGCUGCUGCUUCUUCAGAGUCACAGCGACCUGCGCCGCCUCCCCCGAAGAGUUUGUCCGAGAGCGACAUGGAGCUCUCUAACGCGGCUCGAGGAUCCGAAUCAGCCGAGGAUCACCAUCUCAAGGCACCUCCCACCACCGCUGGAGCAUCCAAGUCCGGAGACGUCAGCGAUGACAGCGGAGCAUCCUCAAUAAACUCUGCCGCGACUGCUCCGGAGAGAUCAAAGUCCCAAUCCAAGUCCAGUGGUGAUGCCAUCUUCUCGAUUCUCAAUGCGAGCGCAUCUGGUGCUGGAACUGGAUCCUCUACUCCCAACAGCAAAUCCACCUCGCCUUCCAAGAAAAUGCAUCUAGGAGUUGAUGAUGAAGAAGACCCAGGCGACAGACGAAUUAAGCAUAGAUCUGCUACUGACCUGGAAGCCGCUGGACGAAACAACAGCAAAGUCGAAUUCCAACAUCGACAACACCCUAGACAUGUUCGCAACGAGUCUUUCAGUUCGCGUCGCUCUGGCAGCACCGAGCUCCCGCGCUCUCAGGUAAAGAGAGCUCAAACAUACUCCGAUGAGCCGCCGGGUCUUCUGCCUUCGUUUGCCCAAGCAGCUGACCAAGGCAUGGGUACAAGAUCACGUAGGCUUUCUACCAACAUCCCAAACGAAUUUCCCAUCGAAUGCAUCCCUCUGGAAAAGGAAUUCAAGACUUCCUCUCGAUUGCCCAUGAGACGCCCAAAACAGAUUGGCGAGGGCGGUUACGCCUGUGUUAAACUCAUGCGCCGAAAAGGCGAGACUCCAGACCAUCUCUACGCAGUCAAGCAAUUCCGCGGCCGUGACUCUUGGGAGACGGAAGAGGACUACGUCAAAAAGGUCAAGUCCGAAUAUUGUAUCGCCAAAUCUUGUCACCAUCCCAACAUCAUCGAACCUAUCCGUCUUUGCUUCUCGCAUAACAUCUGGAGCGAGGUCAUGGAAUACUGCCACAAUGGAGAGCUCUUUGGCCUGCUCGAGAAGAAGUUUUUGAGCCUCGAAGACAAAUUUUGCUUCUUUAAGCAGCUGCUACGCGGCGUCGAUUAUCUUCACAACCACGGAAUAGCCCACCGAGACUUGAAACCCGAGAACAUCAUGCUUACGAGGGAAGGAUGCGUCAAAAUCAUCGACUUCGGUUUGAGCGAGAUCUUCAGUGGACCCCACCCAAGUUUCCGUAUUGGAAUGGACCUCGAGGCAUUCAAGGUUGAUCGCGUUAGGUACUCGCAACCGGCCAUCUUCGGAUCUCAACCCUACAUUUCUCCUGAGGUCAUGGAAGCCAAGGACGCUUACGAUCCAAGAGGAUUGGAUGUCUGGUCAUGUGGUAUCAACUUCAUGAGCAUGAUUUUCGGAGUACACCCCUGGGUCAAGGCCACUGCCGACAACACAAACUACAAGAAAUACAUCAACGGAUGGAAUACAUGGCUGAAGGCACGCCCUGACGGCGUGAUUGAACCUGGGUCGGACGAUUAUCCAGACUGCGGCAAACUAUUCCACCUCCUUAAUAACAAGUCGUUGGAGCGCCUGGUUCUGAGAAUGCUUAACCCCAACCCAGAGAAGCGCAUCACCAUCGCCGAAGCUCUUACAUCAGAUGUCGUUCGUAGGAUGGACUGUUGUCAAAGGGUGUCAUACGAAGAGAACGCUCCUGGCCACCCCAAGCACGACCACACACCGCCAGCACCAGCUACAAAGGAGACCAACCCUGUGAAGAAGUGGCUGCAUGAGAGGAAGGAGUCGAGCCGCAGUAUUACGAAGAAGUGAAACACGCCCCAUUGAAGAUAAAAUUAGAACUGGCGCCUGGACAAAUCGGUUCGCAGAGUGUACAUAGGGGUUGCGAUUGAUAACUGGGAAGGAAGUCG